AGGCAUGAGAGAGUCCAAAUCUCUAAAGCUCUCUUUAGUUGCAAGUUCUCUAUUGGAAACUCCGUUGGUCCGCAUGUUCUCAAAAUGAUUGGCUAUGUCCAAACUAUUGAGAAAUUGGGUUUCAAACUAAGGACUGAACUUGCAACUAAUCUGAUUCUGCAAUCAUUACUAAAGUUGUACAAGUAGUUUGUGGUUAAUUACGAGAUGCAUGCACUUGAUAAACCACUGCCAGAACUUUUGAAGAUGCUGCAAACUGCUGAAGAAAGCUUGACGAAAGGGAAGGGAAAUUUUGUCCUUCUAGUUCAAGGAGGAAAAAGCAAGAAAAAGUUCAAGAAGGCAAAGAAGAAUGGACCUAAAGGCAAGGGUAACACCGAGCCAAAGUCCAAUUCUUCUAAGCUAAAGCCUAAAGGUGGAGUGGCCAAAGAUUCCAUUUGUCACCAUUGUGGUGAAGUUGGCCACUCGAAGAGGAAUUGCAAACAGUAUUUGGCAACCAAGAUAAAGGGUGAAGCUUCUGCUUCAAGUACAAUUUUUCGAUUAGCUAAAUUCUGGCUCAGUUUCUCCCGCAGAGUAAUAAUAAUAAUGGUGAAAAUGGCGGUUGACUCCUCGUCUUCAUCUCCGGUGACAAUCACCAUUUCCACCUCCGGAGGUGGCUGCCACAGCCUGACAAGUCCGGUCCGGCGCUUCUCCUUGUCUAAUACGAACCCUAAUUCGCCGCUCAGCGCUAAAGGAGGCGGGCUGAGGGGUUCCUCGAGCGGGGGCGGCAAUCGCACACCUUCCUGCAGUGGAGGAAGAUAUGUUUCAGUGUGUAAAGAGAGCUCGGAGGAAUUCUUAGCUUACACCGUUCAAAUUCCUCGGACUCCGGACAACAGGAACCUGGUUGAUUCCUUUAACAGCUCUCUCGAUGUCGGCAAGAGCUGUGGAAACCCUACUGAGGGUUACAUCAAAGAUACGAUUUAUACAGGGGGUUCGAGUACUGUGACUAGGGCACAUGUGAGGAGAAGUAUGCAGGGGAAGUCUCUGGAGAUGAAGCCAGAAACGGUGUGUCAACUGGCAGGAUGUGACGAGAAGGCCCCUGAAGCUCCUUGUGAAUGUGGGUUCAGAGUAUGCCGGGAUUGCUACUUGGAUUGUGUUGGAAAUGGUUUUGGGUCUUGUCCUGGCUGUAAAGAGCUCUACAAGGGCGUAAGUGAUGGUGAAGAAAGUGACGAGCCUCAUUCGGAAGCCCGAGAUUUGGCAAACUCUCUGCCUGCAAGGAGAGGUGAAAGCAGACGGGAAAAAAACUUCUCUAUGGUGCAGUCUUUCAAGAACACAAAUCCGGAUUUUGAUCACAACCGAUGGCUGUUUGAGACCAAAGGGACAUAUGGCUAUGGGAAUGCCUUGUGGCCAAGUGAUGGGUGUGAAUUUGGAAGGGGAAUUGACAGAUCAACAAACCCUCCUGAUUUCAGCGACAGAAGGAACAAACCCUUGACCAGGAAGGUUGGGAUUUCUGCAGCAAUUAUCAGUCCUUACAGGUUGCUUAUGGUUCUUCGUCUUGGUGCUCUUGUGUGCUUCCUGACAUGGAGGAUCUGUCAUCCCAAUCACGAAGCCAAGUGGCUGUGGCUGAUAUCAGUUGUUUGUGAGAUAUGGUUUGCACUUUCUUGGGUCCUUGAUCAGCUGCCCAAGCUUUGCCCUGUUAAACGUGUAACUGACCUCUCUGUUCUGAAAGAACGCUUCGAAGGGUCAGGCCCAAACCUUAGGAACCCUAAAGGGUUUUCUGACCUACCGGGCAUAGACAUAUUCGUUUCUACUGCAGAUGCAGAGAAAGAACCACCUCUUGUCACUGCAAACACAAUUCUUUCCAUCCUUGCCGUUGAUUAUCCGGUGGAGAAGGUAGCAUGCUAUCUCUCAGAUGAUGGAGGGUCUCUGGUGACAUUUGAGGCUCUUGCAGAAGCCGCAAGCUUUGCAAGAGUGUGGGUUCCUUUUUGUAAAAAGCACCGAAUAGAACCCCGGAAUCCUGAGGCCUAUUUUGGCCAAAAGCGCGAUCCGCUUAAGAACAAAGUGAGGGUGGACUUUGUUAGAGACAGAAGAAGGGUAAAGAGAGAAUAUGAUGAAUUUAAGGUUAGGAUAAAUGGCUUGCCUGAAUCAAUUAGGAGAAGAUCGGAUGCUUACAAUGCCCAACAGGAGCUGAAGGCCAAGAAGAAACAGUUUGAACUUGGCGAAAGUUUGUCUGAACCCAUCCGAGUUCCAAAGGCUACUUGGAUGUCUGAUGGAACUCAUUGGCAUGGAACUUGGUCAUCUGGAGAGGAAGGCCACUCCAGAGGUGAUCACGAGGGAAUUAUACAGAUUAUGUUGGUUCCAGCAAACCUGGAGCCGCUUUUUGGCAAUGACGUUGACGAAAAGAACGUUAUUGACACAACAGAUGUUGAUAUAAGAUUGCCAAUGCUUGUUUAUGUAUCCCGGGAAAAGAGGCCUGGCUAUGAUCACAACAAGAAAGCUGGAGCCAUGAAUGCGUUGGUCCGUGCGAGUGCAAUUAUGUCCAAUGGUGCAUUUAUUCUUAACCUUGACUGUGAUCAUUACAUAUACAACUCACUAGCUUUGAGAGAGGGAAUGUGCUUCAUGCUUGACAAAGGAGGAGACCGUAUCUGCUAUGUUCAAUUUCCUCAGCGGUUUGAGGGUAUCGAUCCAAACGACCGAUACGCAAACCAUAACACGGUUUUCUUCGACGUGAGCAUGAGAGCACUUGAUGGGCUACAAGGGCCAAUGUAUGUUGGCACGGGGUGUGUCUUUCGAAGAAUUGCUCUGUACGGCUUCAGCCCUCCUCGAGCUACUGAGCAUAACGGAUGGUGUGGUAGGAGAAAGACGAGGAAGAUUCUGAGGAAACAAAAAGCUACUCCAAAUGGUCAAGAAGACGACGAGGAAAUGGCUCUGCCAACCAUUGGAGCUCACAACGACGAAGAAGAAGAUAUGGCAAGAGCUUUGCUUCCAAAGCAGUUUGGUAACUCAGUUGCUCUCGUUGACUCAAUUGCCGUGGCGGAGUUUGGUGGUAGGCUGCUGCACGAGCUGCGGGGGAAGGGUUGCCCGGGAAGGCCAGCUGGAUCUCUGGCCGUGCAGCGUGAGCCAUUAGAUGCUUCAGCUCUUGCUGAAGCAGUCAGUGUGAUAAGUUGCUAUUAUGAGGAGAAAACAGAGUGGGGGCGAAGAGUGGGGUGGAUAUACGGCUCCAUCACUGAAGAUGUGGUGACGGGUUACCGGAUGCACAAUAGGGGCUGGAGAUCAAUCUACUGCGUCACGAAAAGGGACGCCUUCAGAGGGACAGCUCCCAUCAACCUGACAGAUAGGCUCAUCCAAGUCCUACGGUGGGCCACGGGUUCUGUCGAGAUUUUCUUCUCUCGAAACAACGCGCUGUUUGCCAGCCCGAGGAUGAAGUUCCUACAACGGGUGGCUUACUUCAAUGUCGGGAUGUAUCCCUUCACCUCCAUCUUUCUCCUAGUCUACUGCAUUCUCCCAGCACUCUCCCUCUUCUCCGGGAAGUUCAUCGUGGAGUCCCUCAACGUGACGUUUCUAGCCUUCCUGCUGGCCAUAACUCUCACCCUAUGCCUUCUGGCGAUCCUAGAAAUCAAAUGGUCCGGAAUCACUCUCCACGACUGGUGGCGAAACGAGCAGUUUUGGCUGAUAGGUGGGACCAGUGCACACCCUGCAGCAGUCAUACAAGGGCUCUUGAAGGUCAUUGCAGGGGUGGACAUCAACUUCACACUGACGUCGAAAUCAGCAGCUCCGGACGAUGGGGAGGACGAGUUUGCAGAGCUGUACGAGUUCAGGUGGACGGUCUUGAUGAUUCCUCCCAUCACAAUCAUCCUGCUCAACUUGAUCGCCAUUGCGGUCGCGGUAUUCAGGACCCUGUACAGUCCUUUCCCACAGUGGAGUAAGCUGCUUGGAGGGGUGUUCUUCAGUUUCUGGGUGCUUUCUCAUCUGUAUCCCUUUUCGAAGGGCUUGAUGGGGAGAAGGGGAAAGAUUCCAACUAUAGUUUUUCUUUGGUCUGCACUCAUAUGCAUCAUCAUUUCAUUGCUUGCACUGUACAUGUACCCUCCCACAGGGCACCAAGAUUACCUGAGUUUCCAGUUCCCUUGAGCUACUAUAUGACAAUCUGGUCUGAAGUUUCUCAACUUCAUCUGAAUGAUGGGUGCAUUCCUUUGUGUAAAAUGUUUUUUUUAGCUGAGCUGACUCGAGGUGCUCACUGUUUUGCUUAACCAAAGAAAUUGUGUAAUUUUAG